AUGUUAAAAUGUAAAGCCGAAGAAUUAUCCCGGAAAAUUGUUAACAAUCAGUUAAUUGCUACUGAUGGUUGGUUAAGCAGGUGGAAGAAUAGACACGAGAUAAAAUUCAAACGUGUGCAUGGUGAAAAAGCAAGUGCUGAUGAAUCCGCCUCUAAUGAUUGGAAAAUGAAACUGAACUGUAUUAUCACGACACCCGACGGUUCUUUAUGUUUCAAAAAAGACGUUCUAUCUGGUUCAAAAAAAGCAAUGUACAGGUUUACAGUCUUCUUAUGUGUCAAUAUGACCGGGAGUGACAAAAGAAAGCUGCUAGUAGAAGGGAAAAGCUUAAAACCUCGAUGUUUUAAAAAUAUGUCUAUAAAUAAAAUGACAGUGCAUUACCACGCGAAUAAAAAUGCACGGAUGACUUCAACCAUAUUUUCAAACUGGCUAUAUGAAUGGGAUAAGGAAUUGCAAGCAAAAUCUAGUUCCAUACUUCUUCUUAUUGAUAACUGUGCUGCAUAUCCAAAAAACGUUAACUCAAAAACAUCACUUUAG